AUGCAGCGUCUGUCCUCCUUAGUGAGGACGAUAAGUGGCGGUGGAAGCAUCACCGGACUAGAAGAUCCAAAACCGGAAGACAACAGGACAUUGUUCCAAGCGUUUGAGUGGUUUCUCCCGCCGUCUUCAAGCGACAGUGCCCUCCCAAAUGCGAGCCACUACGACACCCUGACAGCUCUGCUUCCACAUCUCUCCGCCUUGGGCAUCUCGCACAUCUGGAUUCCUCCGGGCUGCAAAGCCACAUCGAUGCAUGACAAUGGGUACGGGAUAUACGACCUUUGGGAUCUUGGUGAGUUUGAUGCGAAGAAGAACGGUAAACCGUCUAGAACGAAAUGGGGUCAUAAGGAAGACCUAGAAGCCUUCUGUGCAAAGGCAAAAGACAUGGGGAUAGACGUCCUCUGGGAUGCUGUCCUCAAUCACAAAGCCUCUCCAGACGGAAAAGAAGUGAGCUGGGGCGUCAAGGUCGACCCUCAUGACCGGACAAAGGCCCUCACCAAACCCUAUGAGCUGGAAACAUGGACCAAGUUCACCUUUCCUGGGCGCGGCACGAAGUACUCCGACAUGAAAUACAAUUGGAAGCAUUUUUCUGGAGUCGACUACGAUUCCCGCACGAAAGACCACGGCAUCUUCAAACUCGUUGGCGAAGGGAAGCGAAGUGACUGGGCACACGAUGUCAGUAAGGAGCUGGGGAAUUAUGACUAUUUGAUGUUCGCAGACCUUGAUCACUCGCAUGCUGCUGUGCGGGAGGAUAUCUUCAACUGGGGGACUUGGAUAACCUCGCUGCUCAACCUUGGCGGCUUCCGGUUGGACGCCAUCAAGCACUAUUCUCUGUCCUUUCUGGCAGACUUUCUGGCACAUCUCGACACGAAAACAUUGCGAGGGAAAAAGUUAUUUUUCGUUGGAGAAUAUUGGGAUUCUGAUGUGGACACAUUGUCUUCAGUCAUCCGGAGGUGUCAUGGGCGGUUGAAUUUGUUUGAUGUUCAGCUGGUAUACACGUUUAGCGACUUUUCAAAGGGCAGGAAGCAUGAUUUGAGAACGAUCCUGGACGGGACCCUGGUCCAGAAGGAUCAUACCCAUGCAGUGACGUUCGUUGCGAACCACGACACACAAGAAACACAGUCUCUGGCCGCGCCCGUCGAAGAGUGGUUCGUGCCACUGGCUUACGCACUGAUUCUGCUUCGCCACAACGGCGGAACCCCCUGCGUCUUCUGGGGGGACGUCUUUGGCAACCAUGGACCGCGGGCUCGACUGCCAGCGUGCGGUGGCAAACUUGCGCGCCUCGUCGCCGCGAGGAAGCUCUACGCCCAUGGCCCGCAGAGGGACUAUCUCGAUUUGGAGGACUGCAUCGGCUGGACGCGACUGGGCCACAAAUCCAGAGCGAACGGGGCCGGCCUCGCGGUCGUCAUGACCAAUAGCUGGGACCGGCGGUCGAAGCGGAUGUUUGUGGGUCACAGGCACAUUGGGGAGAGGUGGAGGGACAUUCUCGGCUGGGAGGACAGAGAGGUCGUGAUCGACUCGAAAGGAUUCGGGACAUUCCCUGUUGGCCACCGGUCCGUUGGGGUCUGGACACACGACAAGGCCCCCGAUUUCGACAGGAUCACCAGGUUCACGUUUCCCAGGUUGGGGCACAGUGCCGCCGCACCGGAUCCGAGGGUGCUUCCUGCGUGA